AUUGAAGAGUGGUUGAGUCUUCACAACUGUGCUUUAAAGUAAAGAAGGAGCCCAAUUGUGACAGUCUCAUAAAAAAGGUGUGGUUGGGUCUUCACAACUGUGCUUUCAUUCUUAUCUCUUGCUGUAUUGGUGUGAGUGUGAGGAUUCUCUCUUAUCCUUUGUUGAUUCAAGCAAUGGAGUGCAUUCAUCUCUCUGGAGUAACUUAACGUUUCAGCGCCUCUUGUACUGGACCACACUUUGAAGUCAUGGAUUACCUCUUGUUUCUUUCUCGCCAAUUCUCAUAUCUCUCUCUGCAUAUUAGUUAAAGGAGGUUUAAGAUUGCAUUUGGUGGAAAAGUUGAUGGAGUGCCUCUUCGGUUUUGCAUCUUCUGUUGCAAGAGAUUUAGUGUGUGGAGCAUUAAAUCAAUUGCGUUAUCCUUGCUGCUUUAACAAUUUUGUCAAAAAGCUUGAACAAGAAAAGGAUGAUUUAAUUGUAACGAGAGAUAGUGUACAAAAAUUUGUUACACAUACGAAGAGACAAGCGAGAAAGACUAGUGAAGUUGUUGACAAGUGGCUACAAGAUGCUAUCAGUGACAAUGUGGAUCAGAUGCUGGAAGAGGCAAGAACAAAAAAAGGGUGUUGCUUUGGACACUGUCCAAAUUGGAUUUGGCGAUAUCGUGUGGGAAAAAAGUUAGCAAAUAAAACCGUGGACCUUGAAAAGUUCAUUGAAGAAGGUAGAAAAUAUGUACCAUUUGAUCGCAUUGCUACGCUUCCUUUAGGGACCCUCGACGUUCUUUCAGAAAAAUGCAUGAAUUUUGAGAGUCGACAAUCUGCAUAUAAGCAACUACUGGACGCAGUGAAAAGUAAUGAUGUUGCAAUGAUUGGAUUGUACGGGAUGGGGGGUUGUGGUAAAACCACAUUAGCAAUGGACAUUAGGAAGUCAGUAGAAGCAGAGCAUCUUUUUGACAAAGUUCUUUCUGUGCCUAUUUCUAGAACAGUGGAAGUUCGAAGGAUCCAAGAAAAAAUUGCAAGUUCAUUGCAGUUUGUAUUUCCAGAAAGUGAAGAAAUGGAGAGAGCCCAACGAUUGUGUUUGAGAUUAACCCAAAAGGAAAAAUUUCUUAUUAUUCUAGAUGAUGUAUGGCAGAAACUUGACUUUGGUGCCAUUGGGAUUCCCUCCCCUGAACACCGUAGCAGCUGCAAGAUUCUCAUUAUUACUAGAUUAGAAGAUGUUUGUAUUUCAAUGGAUUGUCAAAGAAAGAUUUUCCUUAGAGUUUUAACAGAUGAAGAAGCAUGGACUCUUUUCCAAAGUAAAGCAUUUAUAUCAGAAAACACCCCUGAUACCAUAAAGCAUCUGGGAAGAUUAAUUUCCAAUGAGUGUAAGGGAUUGCCAGUUGCCAUUGCGGCUGUUGCUAGUAGUUUGAAGGAAAAAGCUGAGACGAUAUGGAGGGUUGCAUUGACUAGAUUGAGAAGUUCUAAGCCAAUUAAUAUCCAAAAAGGUUUGGCUGAUCCCUACGAGUGCUUGCAGUUGAGCUAUGAUAAUUUGGAUACUAAAGAAGCAAAAUCACUUUUUUUGUUAUGUUCUGUGUUCCCUGAAGACUCUGCAAUUCAGGUUGAACAUUUAGCAAGAUGUGCAAUGGGGUUAGGUUUAGUUGAAGAAGCUCAGUCAUAUGAAGAGGCAAGGAAUGAAGUGCUUGCAGCUAAAAUUAAGCUCAUUAGUUGUUGUUUAUUAUUGGAUGCAGAUGAUGAAUGUGUCAAAAUGCAUGACCUACUUCGUGAUGUGGCCCACUUGAUUGCCAAGAAUGAGAAUAAGAUUAUCAGGUGUGAAUUGGAAAAAUAUGUUACUGUGGAACAAAAUUCAGUAAGAUAUCUAUGGUGUGCGAAAUUUCCAAAUGAUUUGGAUUGUUCCAAUCUCGAGUUCUUAUGCUUAUACACAAAAUUGGAAGAAUUGGAUGGGAUUUUCGAAAGAAUGGGAAUGCUCAAAGUUUUGAUUCUUAUCGAUAAAGAGGAGGGAGAAAUACCAUUGUCAACUAUGUUUUUGAAAACAUUAACAAAUCUCCGUUAUCUAUUGAUUGACGGUUAUGAAUUGAAUGACUUCUCAUUUCUAAGCUAUAUGAAGAAUCUUCAAAGUCUUUCGUUGCAUCGUUGUUCAUUGUCUUCACUUCCUGAAUUACAAACCGAUGCUGCAAUUACACAACUAACAACCUUAAAAUUGUUAGAGUUAUAUAAAUGUGACAUUAAAGUCAAGAAUUUUGAAGUGAUCAAGAGAAUACCGCUUUUGGAAGAGUUGUACAUUGUUGAUAUUAAAGGAGAAUGGGAUACUAAGAGUGAAGACACCGUUGAAUUCUUUAACACAUUUAGUGUCCCCCAAACACUACAAAGGUAUGGAAUUGUAUUAGGAUCCCAUAAUUUUGCUUUCUCUCAUCACAGAACUUUAGUGUUUAACCAUUUUGACAUAUCAAAUGAGGUAAUUAAGGGUUUGGCAAAAAAAGCAGAGAAUCUAUACGUAGCAAAUAUUCAUGGAGGUGUAAAAAAUAUCAUUCCUGAUAUAUUUCAAAUUGAAGGAGAAUGUUUGGAUGAGUUGAAUAAGUUUGAGAUACGCGACUCUAAAGAGAUAGAGUGUUUGAUUGACACUAAUAAUAAUUCGAGUGAGGAGAUAACUCUCUUAUCCAAGUUGCAUAUGCUGAUAAUUGAUAACAUGGAAAAUCUAAGAGUUAUAUGGCAUUGUUUUCAACCUGUCAAUGGGCCUUUUGGGAACUUAGAGAAGUUGUAUUUAAGUGAUUGUCCACAAUUGACAUCUCUCUUCACAUAUGUCGUUGCUCGAAGUUUGGUACAAUUGAAAAUAUUAGUAAUAUCAAAAUGUGAUGGACUGAAGCAUAUAUUAGCAGGUGAUGACAAAAUGGAGAAAAUACAAGAUGAAUACUCCAAUGAAAAUCCUAUACAAAUCUUUCAAAGUUUGCAGAAAGUAAAGAUAAAUAGGUGUAAAGAAUUAAAGCAUAUAUUCUCGGCCAACAUUGUUGGAGGAUUAGGUCAAUUAAAAGUUCUCAAGAUAGAAAAAUGCCACAAGCUAGAUCAAAUUAUUGGGGAUAUUGUUCCAUUGGAAGACCAAGAUCAAAAAGAAGAAGUUGAUGAAAUCAUCGAGGAAGGAACUAUAUCUAGCCUUGCAAGCCUUAAGAAAAAUAAGGCAAAUUUGAAUGGUAUCUUCCCAAACUUAAGAAAGCUCUCGGUGCGUGAUUGUGGCCAACUGAAAUAUAUGCUUGGCCAAUAUGACGUAGCUAAUCAGGAUUCUAAGGAGAUUCAUAUUCAAUUCUCAGCAUUGGAAAGACUCUCUCUUCAUAAUCUACCAAACUUUGUUAGCAUUUGUUCUACCAACACUCUCAUUGUGACGUGUCCAUCUUUGAAGGACUUUGACUGUUACAGAUGUUUCUAUCGUUUUUAUGAUUCUGAUCCAAAAUGGAUUCAGAACCAUCUCCCCACUUUACAAACUCUAUCUGUAAGGUAUUCUGAAGUGGAAUGUAUCUUUUGUCUUAAUGGACACGGAAUGAUUGGGCAACAAGUGAAUUUAAGGUUAAGCCAUUUGAGUUUUGAAAAUCUGCCUCAAAUGACUUAUAUUUGGGUGGCUUUCAAGAAUUCAGUUACUCUCCAACAUCUCACCACACUAGAAAUAACGAGAUGUGCAAAAUUGGAAGUAAUAUUUCCACCCUCUGUUUUAAGAAGCUUACCAGAGUUGAAGUUCCUAACCAUAAUAGAAUGCAUGGAAUUGAAGCAGAUCAUAGAAGAAGAUGAGGACGAUGGAAAGUUGUCCAACCUUAUUUCUACACAGCCAUGCUUCCCAAAACUUGAAAGUUUGUAUGUCGAGGAAUGCCACAAGUUGAAAUGUUUGUCCUCUUCAUCCAAUAAUCUUCCUGACCUUAGGAUUCUCACUAUAAUUGGAGCCUCUGAACUAAAAGAAAUUAUUGGAUGUGAGCAAGGAGCUUCAGAUAAUUCUUCUACCUUCCCAAAUCUUGGAAAAAAAAUGUCUAAUCUUCUUUCUACACAGCCAUGCUUCCCAAAACUAGAAAGUUUGUAUAUUCAGGAUUGCCACAAGUUGAAAUGUUUGUCUUCUUCAUCCAAUGAUCUUCGUAACCUGAGGUUUUUGACUAUAAAUGGAGCCUCUGAACUAGAAGAAAUUAUUAUAUGUGAGCAAGGAGCUUCAAGAAAUUCUCUUACCUUCUCAAAUCUUGGAACUUUGAAACUAUCUGGAUGUGCAAAAUUGGAAGUAAUCUUUCCAAAGUCUGUUUUAGGAUGCUUACCAGAGUUAAAAAGCCUAAUCAUAACAGAAUGCACGAACUUGAAGCAGAUUGUUGGAUGUGAACAAGGAGCCUCAAAGUAUUCUUUUACCUUCCCGAGUCUUGAAAGAUUAGAAAUAAUUGGAUGUGCAAAAUUGGAAGUAAUCUUUUCUUGGUCUGUUUUAAGAUGCUUACCUGAGUUGAAUCUUUUGAAGAUAAUAAAUUGCACAGAAUUAAGACAAAUCAUUGAAGAUGAUGUGGAAGAUAAAAAAUUGUCUAAUCUUCUUUCUCGUCAACCAUGCUUCCCAAAACUAGAAGCGAUGCAUGUUGAUCACUGUCAAAAACUCAAAAGAUUUUUCCCUGGAUCUACAUCUAAUUACCUUCCCAAUCUUCAUCUUUUGAUUAUAAAUGGAGCCUCUGAACUAGAAGAACUUGUUGGAUGUAAACAAGGAAAAUGUGAUGAGAUUAGAAAUACUGAAGUUGAACUUCCAAGACUCAAACUUUUAAUAUUUUUUCAUCUUUCAAGCUUUUGUCAAGAGAUUGAAUUGCCCAAUUUAAACAAUAGCAUUGUCUACGAAUGUCCAAAUUUCUCUUUCACUUCAACAACCACUAUUGGGAAGCUCUGUCAAAAUUUUCCUCAUGAAGAUUUCAAAAACACUGCACUUUAUAUGUGGGACAUAGUGAGGGUCAUAAGAAAUUGUGAUGAAGAUUCUACUGUUGGUGGUAGCAAUGAGUUCACUUCAUCAGAGGAAUCACACAGUGAAGGAGGCCUUGCGGACCAACAUGCACUCGAAGAAACAACAGAGAUUGGGGACAUAGGAAAUGGGAGCAUUAAAGACGGACCUGCAUCAGAGUGUGCUAAGACAAAAUCUUCGUCAACCGGUGUUGAAGACAUUAGCAUUGGAGGUGGUGUUGCAACUCACAUCGAGUCUAGUGAAGAUUCCAAGCUUGUUGAACAAGAUGACACAGCACAGACACAAAUAGAUGAGAAUUCUAAGAGGUCUAGUAGUAUGGACAUGGUGCGACAUUACGAGGUUGUUGAACAAACUGAUGGGCCUAAUGAAAAAUGGGAAAGACCUUCUCUACAUCUGAAGGUCGAACAUGUUAACAGUACCUUCGGAGAAGGUUCUAACUUGGUCGAUAAAGAAGGCGAAAUAGGUGUGGUUUCUGGUGACUGUAUUGUGCCUGCGAGAAACGAAGAACCAAAGAGGGAAUUUGUUGCAAAAGUUUCCACUUCAGAAACAUCAAGAAUAGCACCACCAUUAACAAACUCUCAACCAGUUGAAAGGCCAACUCCAAGUUGUUCGGAUAUUUCUUUACGUCAUACACUCUCAAAUAGUAUUGAGCGUGUUGUUGUAGAGGAAACCACAGCAAAGAACACCAAUAUGACAACUUCAUCAAUUCAUUUUAGCGAAAUUAAAAGCAGCCAAACUGAGGCACUCAAUGCAAAAGAAAGUGAAGAGCAUCCUAAUAAAAUCAUUCAAGACUUUGGGGCAAAUGAUAUGAUGAGUUUAUUUGCACCCGUUGUUGUGGGGAAAGAAGGUGAAGAUAACCUAGUUGGAAAGACCCUUGCUGAGCUAGAAAAGUAUCUGAAGAUGCCUCUGAAGGAUAUAGUUAGCUCUGAGACUAACGCCCUUCGCCUUUUGUCUGCUCUUAAUUUCCUCUCCAACCUUCCUUUCAAAGAUCAGACUGUAUCAGAUGGACUCCAACAUAUUAUAGGCACUAUGCACCAAGAGUUCCCUACCAUUCUAUGCUCAUUUAAGCAAUGCUUUGCCACCACUAACAAGUUGGCAGAACUUGAAGCUCGUGCGAACGAGGUGACCAUUAAAAGGAAUUUGUAUGAAGAAGCUCAACGAAAGGAAGUAGUUUUGAAGGAACAAAUCAUUAGGUUGAAGGAAGAAAUAAGAGUUUGUGAGGUUGCCUUAUCAUCCCUGGAGGAGGAAAAAAAUAAAUGCAUUGCAGAAACUGUAGGAUACAAAACAGAGCUUCAAAAUGUGAGGAAAUAUGAAUCUCAAAUGUUGGAGGUGGCUUAUAAAUGGUCAGUUCUGUGUAGUCAAUAUCAGCUCAAUCGCAUGCCUGCCAGAAAUCCCUCGUGAGGGUUUUCGUUGUUCAUUGUUAUUAAGGUCAAAGUCUUCUUUGUUUUUCUAGUGGUUUAGGUUUCAAUAAAGUAGCUUGGUCCUAAAUUUACUUAAUGUGCACCCAACCCAUCAACUAGUACCACUCAUCAUAUAGUCUCAAUUUACUUUCUAAAUUUCGAUUCUUCUAUUUUGUUAUUUGUUUGCUAUCUUAUUUGUUGUGAAACAGACAAACAAGUGUUAUGGAAAAUAAAAUAAAAAAACUAUUUGUUCUUUUAU